CAACACAGUCAGAGUAAGCCUUUCUCUUUUGUUCUCCUUUCCUUUUGUCUUGUUAGUAUGCUCUAUUCUCUUCUCCUCCAUGUGGGGAUCAGUAGCUAGGCUUGUUUGCUGUCGGAAAUUUUCUUGGCAUGUUAAGCCAAACAAGCUCUACUCUGUUUCUGCUGUUGCCCAAUUGAAUCCCAUUUCAUCUGACUCUCUUCCUAAACAAGAAAUUGUUAAUCCCCAGAAUAAAGACUGCCAUGAUUACCACUUCUUUGAAUUUGAUAGAAUUAAGGUUGUGGAAACUUUGAACAGUUUGAGAAACGAACCUCAAACUGCUUUAUUGUUCUUUUAUCAAUUGAAACAAAAUGGGUUUUGCCAUGAUGUGUGUACAUAUGCUGCUAUUAUAAAGAUAUUGUGUUACUUUGGUUGGGAGAGAAAGUUGGAUUCAAUGUUGCUGGAGAUGAUUAGGAAAGGCAGCUGCUUGGGUUUUGAAAUUACGGAAUUGUUUGAUGUUCUUGUUGAGGGGCGUGAAGGAGAAGGCUCAAAUCUUCUGGUUCAGUUUUCUAAUGCUUUGAUUAAGUCCUAUGUUAGUGCUGGAAUGUUUGAUGAGGCUAUUGAUAUUAUGUUCCAAACUGAACGCCAUGGGUUCAUUCCACAUAUAUUGUCUUUCAAUUUUCUUAUGAAUCGUCUGGUUCAGUCUGGGAAAGAGGAGAUGGCCAUGGCUAUAUAUAAACAACUGGAAAGGCUUGGUUUGAAGGCAAAUGAUUAUACCUAUGGCAUUCUGAUAAAGGCACUUUGCAAAAGGGGUAGUUUUGAUCAAGCUGUCUGUGUUUUUGAAAAGAUGGAUGGUGAAAAGAUUACACCUAGUGCCUUCUCUUACACUACUUAUAUUGAAGGGCUUUGCAUUCAUGGCAAAACAGAUUUGGGUUACGAAGUACUUAGGGCUUGGAGAGAAGCAAACAUUCCACUUGAUAACUAUGCUUUUAUUGUUGUGAUUCAGGGGUUUUGUAAGGAGAUGAAAUUGAAAGAAGCUGAAGAUGUCUUACUUCACAUGGAAAAUCAAGGAGUUCUUCCAGACGUGCAUGCCUAUGGUGCCUUGAUAAGAAGUUAUUGCAAGUGUGGAAAUAUAAUUAAAGCUCUGACUCUUCACAAUGAAAUGGCGUCAAAGGGUGUCAAAACCAACUGUGUCAUUUUGAGCUCUAUUCUUCAAAGUUUGUGCCAGCUGGACAUGGGUUUUGAGGCUGUAAAUCAAUUUAAGGAGUUUAGGGACAGUGGCAUUUUCCUUGAUGAGGUUUGUUAUAAUGUAGCGGCAGAUGCUUUGUGCAAGCUUGGACAAGUGGAAGAAGCCUUGGAAUUGCUUAAUGAGAUGAAGGGUAAACAGAUGUGUCCUGAUGUCAUUAACUAUACUACCUUGAUCCAUGGGUUCUGUCUUCAAGGAAAAAUUGGGGAUGCCUUGAACUUGUUUGAGGAAAUGAAGGAGAAGGGCAGUGAACCUGAUAUUAUUACAUAUAGUGUCCUCGCUGCUGGCUUAGCCAGAAAUGGCCUUGCACGGGAGGCAGUCGAUCUUUUAAAGUAUAUUGAGUCACAGGGUUUGAAACCUAAUGAUGUGAUGCACAACAUGAUCAUUGAAGGCUUGUGCAUAGGAGGUAAGGUGAAGCAGGCUGAGGAGUUUUUAAAUAAUUUGAAAGAGAAAUGUUUGGAAAACUAUAAUGCGCUGCUAAAUGGUUAUUGUGAAACAGGCCUCACAAACAAGGCCUUUGACUUAUGUGUUUUUCUGGCUAAGAAGGGAUUUCUAGUAAGAAAGAGUACUUGCUCAAAACUGCUUAGUAACCUUUGCCAGCAAGGUGCUAAUGACAAAGCUCUUAUGUUACUAAAUAGGAUGUCUUCUUUAAAGGUUGACCCUACUGGACCCAUGUAUGGUAAACUCAUUGGUGCUUUUUGUCAGGCAGGAGACAUGGGAAAGGCAAGGUCAUUGUAUAAAAGUAUGCUUGACAGUGGGUUAACUCCUGAUCUGAUUACAUACACAAUGAUGAUUAAUGGAUAUUGUAAGACAAAUUCUUUGUUAGAAGCAUGGCAUCUGUUCAAGGAUAUGAAGGAAAGUGGGAUUAAGCCUGAUAUUAUUACAUACACGGUUUUACUUGAUGGCUGUGCAAAAAUGAAUCUGAAGUCUCAUUCUAGGCCUGAUCUGAUCCAAACCAAAUACAAGAGCAUGCAUGCUUCUGCUUUGUGGAGUGAAAUGGAGAACAUGGAUAUACAACCUGAUGUUGUGUGCUACACUGUUUUGAUAGAUCAGCACUGUAAGACAAACAGCAUUGACGAUGCAGUCAAAAUUUUAGAUGAAAUGAUUGAAAGAGGAUUGGAACCUGAUACUGUGACAUAUACAGCUCUUCUAUGUGGCUAUUGCAGAAUAGGAAAUGUAGAAAAGGCAAUUACCCUGGUUGAUGAGAUGGCAACUCGGGGAAUUCAGUCUAGUUCAGUUACCUUGUCUGCAUUGCAUCAUUCUAUCUUGAAGGCCAAGAGAGUGCAGUGUCAAUGACGACAACUCUGGUGACUCAAGCAAGCAGAUACUCAUUAACCCGUACCUAUGCUCAAUCCAUUGUUUCAAAGGCAGCCAAGCAUGAAGAAUACAAGCUUUGCAUUGACUCAGUGGAAGUUCUCUGUUUUAGGUAUGGAAGCUAGACAAAAAAUGUUGGCACUUAGCACCCACCUUUUUCAUAUACUUAUCGGCAUGAUUUUGCUUUUGCGUAACUAAUCUUUGAUUCUAUAUUGCAGUUUCUCUUUCUCUUUCAUUAUAUUGUUUUAACCCUUCUUAAUUAAGCAGAUCCUUGUUUUUUGUUAGGCCAUGAAGGUCUUCACUAGCUUUCUCAUAUUUUCAAAGCUCAAUGAUUGCAUAAGUGAAGAAUAAGAUGAUGUGUUGAAACUAACCUUGAAUCAUUUUUGGCUCCAUAAUACAAAAAGAAAUAAAAGAUGAUGUAUUUGCCCAGAAGUCCCAGGCACCAAAGACCUUUCUUGCCAAGUUGAGAAAGAUGGACUAGUCUGUUCACUGAGAAAGAACUCAAUUCCAGGUGCUAGGCGGAGGUUGAACCACCACAGCUGGUACCAAAAUUGGUGAAGGACCCGGGAGAAGGAAUUUUGUCGUUGUUGGUUGCAGCAGAGUUCAUUCAGCAGUAACUACUCCCCCAAUCUCACCCCUGAACAGAACACUGAAACUUCUUUGACUUGCUGGAACGAGCCGGAGCAACCAGAUAGUCAACUUCUCUGUGUGGAAGGAAAUGUAAAGACACCACAGGAAUCCUUUGUUAUCUACCUAUGCUCUACAACAAGAAAUUUUAAUCCAGGGUUAUUCCAACUGCUACUUCUUUCAGGAUAUAAAUGUUGUAAUGUAUUAUAUAUUUCUGAAAAUAUGCAACGGAAAAAUGUAACAUAGAUACCAAUCCAUUCGCA